UCGAACGAACAGUAUCCUUCCCUACGAAUCAUUGCCACUUUCUGCAACCAUCAUGUCGCGAACUAGAGUUCUGCUGGUCGGGGCUGCGGGCGAAACGGGCGGCUCCAUCGCGAACGGACUGCUUGAGAAUCCCGGUUUUGAAGUUCAUGCUCUCGUCCGUCCCCGGUCGGUUCAAAAGCCUGCCAUCGUAGCCCUCCAAGAGCGAGGUGUACAGAUUCGCAAGGGCGAUCUCAAGGGCCCUGAGGAGUCUCUCGCCGACGUAUUGACCGGAAUCGAUGUCGUUGUCAGCUGUGUCGGUCCUGCGGAACAGCAGGACCAAAUUCCUCUCGCUAAGGCUGCAAAGAGUGCUGGAGUUCAACGGUUCAUCCCAUGUGGCUUCAUCACUGUGGCACCACCUGGUGGAAUCAUGUGGUUGAGGGACGAGAAAGAAACAGUGUACAACCACAUCAAACAGCUCCGACUUCCUUACACCAUCAUUGACAUCGGUUGGUGGUACCAGCUUUCUUACCCCCGCCUCGGUUCCGGAAGGACCGACUAUGCCAUGACUACGGCGAACAACGAAAUAGUCGGUGAUGGCAACACACCUCUUGCCCUAACGGACCUUCGAGACAUCGGACGCUACGUCGCCAAGAUCAUUGUUGAUGACCGGACACUGAACAAGAUGGUUUUCGCCUACAACACGGUCCUGACACAGAAUCAGAUUUAUGACCUUCUGGAGGAGAUCAGCGAGGAAAAGAUCCAAAGGAAUUAUAUCCCUGAAGAGACUAUCUACACAAGGGUGCUUGCAGCUCGGCAGUCCAGUGAGACCUAUCCCUUCGAUCCUGUCAAGUUCAUUCCCCGAUACCUGGCCGAAAAUCAACUGUCAUGGGGUGUCCGCGGCGACAACAAUCCUGAGUACGCCAAGUACUUGGGCUACUUGACCUCCAAGGACCUUUAUCCCGACUUCGCUCCUCACGACUUCCGGGAAUAUCUUGAGGAAGUUGUCCGAGGCACGGCCAAGGGUGUCUACACCGACCGGGUAAUCUCCAAGGCUCACCAACGGAUGUUCCCUCGGACUGAAUCGAGCGACUCGCUUUACACCCGGAUAUUCCCGAGAACGGAAUCCAGCGACUCCCUCUACAUGUCGAGGUAAUCAGGAUAUGCAUUUUAUUUUCCAGCAAAAGGAUUUUUGAGGCGACGCUAGACGUGCCUCCUGGGACCCGGCGCGAUGUGUAUAUGACACCGAUCUGUCGAAGCCACGCCAUGCGAUGAUGGCUUCAUUCUCUUCUCUGCCUUAUUCCGCUUACACGAACGGCUUAUUUUCCGUUUUCUUUUUCUAUUCCCUGGGGGCUCUAGACCGGCGUUUUUGUAUUUAUGAUGGUUUAUGGUCGUCUGAGUGGGUAGGACUCACCACUCAUUUCUUUGAUUUACCAAUGUAUCUGAGGGGCUUUCAGCCUUGAUUGGACGAUAUCUUUCCGUUUAAGCCAGAACUUACUUCUAUUUAUACCCAUGCCAUUUCAAUCCAACCUAAGACGUGAU